GUUUUAUAUAUUCUCUUCAACUUCGUGGUCCCACACACAAACCUAUGGUUGGCAUACCAUUCUCAUUAGGUGAAAACAGCUUUUGGUGGAUCCUUAAGUGUGGGGCCUCUGUGAUUUAUGUACCUUACAUCCCAAAAAUGAAGCAGUUUCCAAUCUUAACUACAUUGAAUAUUGUUGAUUGAAUCUCCACCAUUGAAAACUUAUUGGGCCACCCCAAAUGUUUAUUUGCCAUCCAAGCUUUUGAUAAGUUGAAAAAAGACCUAGAUGAAGGCCCCACACAAAUAUCAGAUUGAUAAAAAACUUUUGUGGCCCACAAGAAGUUUUUAAUGGUCAAUCACCACUGUUUCCUGUGGUAUAGUCCAAAUGAUAUUUGGAUCUGCUUCAUUUCUGUGAUCAUGACUUAAAAUGAGCUUUCAAAACGGUUGGACGGCGUGGAUAUAAGGAGAAUACAUCAACGUGGGCCCCACCAUCAGGGAUCCCACCCACCUCGGUGGAUCCGGGGAACCACCGAAGUCGCGCCCAUCCCCAUUUGUUCCAUGUGGUGCGUCCCAUUGGAGUGGUUGAUCUAGCUAAUUAUCGCUUUAGAGCCUAGCAUCGAGCUAGAACCUGAUAGACGGUGCGGAUUUUACAUACACAACAUGGUGGGACCCACAGUCUUAGCUGCUUUACGAAGCCUGUAAAACAGGCGUUGUAGAGGAUUCCAGUCCCCCGAAACAAAAUCCCCCUUCCGUUCUUCGCGAAGAAACAUAAGAGAGAGAGAGAGAGAGAGAGAGAGAGAGAGAGAGAGAUUUCGCGUCCGCCCUGCACUUCCACCUGAAUUUCGCCAUGGCUAGGGUUUCAUCAAACAAGCACGACCGUGACCAAGCUUUGGAUUUCCAGGACUUUUUAAAUGACUUGCAAGAUUGGGAGCAUUCUGUAAAGGAGAAAGACAAAAAGCUGAAAGGUCAUAUGCAGGAGGAGAAAAUUGUGGCAUCCUCCUCUUGGAAGAUAGGAAUUGCCGGUGAAGGUAAAGGACUAAGAAAAAAAGCUCACACAGUUGAAAUGAAAAGGUCAGCAAAUGAAGUUGAUCCGAAAUUUGCAUUAGGAAGCAGCCGUGAACAACAACAAUUUGAUUACUUGAGAAGUUCGGAUGCAAUCGGUCGUAUAUCAGGCAGUUUAACGACUGAGGAAGGUUCCCCAGAUGCAGCUUCAGAGAAAGAACUGGGCAAUGAGUAUUAUAAGCAAAAAAAGUUUCAUAAAGCGAUUGAGUGCUAUUCAAGAAGCAUCGCAUUGUCUCCAUCAGCAGUUGCAUUUGCAAAUAGAGCAAUGGCAUACAUCAAAAUCAAAAGGUUUGAAGAAGCCGAGAAUGACUGUACAGAAGCCCUAAAUUUAGAUGAUCGUUACAUAAAAGCAUACUCACGCCGGGCAACAGCCAGGAAAGAACUUAGAAAACUCAAGCUAUCCAUUGAAGAUUCUGAGUUUGCUCUAAGGCUUGAACCUAAUAACCAAGAGCUCAGGAAACUGUACACCGAGGUGAAAGAACUGUACGAUAAGGAAAUUGUCAAAAAGACCUCUGAUGCAGUGAAGAAUUCCAUUCAAAGAUUUGAGAGAGUAAGGGAUUCAGAAACAGAAGCCAAAGGAGACUCUCAAGGAGCACGAGUUACUGUAAUUCAAGCUGAUCAGGUCGAGGACAAGAAUGGGAAGGAUCCUGGUAAGCCUGCAAUCAUUAUGAAGGGAAUAGAGAGCAUAACUAUGAGUUCUGGAAACAAUAGCUGGGAACAACAGUUAGAUGCAUCAGAGGAAGGUGCAGCUCCAAAUUCCGGCACAAAGCGUGGUUUCAAACAGAUAAGCAAUGGUGUUGAUGGAAAACAUGAAUUCAAAGCAUCAGUGCAAGAGCUUGCUUCUCGUGCAGCUUCUCAAGCUUUGGCUGCCGCAGCAAAAAAGAUUACCACACCAAAGUCAGCUUACGAGUUUGAGGUUUCUUGGAGAGCACUCUCUGAUGACCAUGUCCUUCAGGCCCAUUUGCUGAAGACUAUACCGCCGAAUACUUUACCACAGAUAUUUAAAAACGCUCUAUCUGCUCCCAUACUGAUUGACAUCAUCAAGUGCCUAACCACCUUUUUCUUGGAGGAGAUGGAGCUGGCUGUUGAUAUUUUAGAUAAUUUGACCAAGGUUGCACGAUUUGACAUGAUCAUCAUGUGUCUUUCCGCUGUUGACAAAGCUGAUCUCUACAAGAUAUGGAACGAAGUGUUUUCAAAUGAGACUGUUCCGGCCGGACAUGCAGAGACAAUCAGGAGAUUGCGUCCCAAAUACUGCCUCGGUGAUGGAUGGCAAAUGCAUGUGCUGGAAUCCAGCGGCUGGAGUAAGAUGUCAUGAGACAUGGGGUUUGUCUCCAUUGCUCUUUUACAGUGUAAAUCAGAUGAUGCACUGUGUGGUCUCUCAUACUAGCUAAUGUUCAUGGCCUGGUUGCUAUAUGCAUUAUCACAAAUUCACCCUCCGCAGAAACUUGUAGAUGAAUGGUUAUGACGCCCUGCAAGGGCUUCUUUUGACUAUCCCCAUUCUUUUGUGGGGCCCACAAAAUGAAUGGUCAGAUUGUGCUGUUUUGUGCCCAUGGGCCCACUCGUGGACUCGACCAAAUUGUAUAAAUAUAAUACGUUCUAUCUUUUUAUCCUUUUUA